AUGGCACCUGGUCCUUUUAGACGCAAGCCCCUGGGGCUUGACGUGCCCCGCCCCGCUACGGUCGUCGAGUCGCCGCCUGGCAUUGCGGCCCUCUUCGUCAUUCGCUUCGAUAUCAAGGCCGGAUACGUGAUAUCGUGGAAGCGUACUGUUCCCGGGGUUGAAGUCGAAGGAGCUGUGGAAUACAAGUCGCUUCCAUCUGGCCUGCACAAUGUCUCAGAAGAUCUGGUAUACUUCGUCCACGAGCAAUACGCUGGCAUCAGCGCAUUUGUCAAUUGGCCCGCCGAGGAAGCGGAGCGAAAUGCAAAGAUGUUUGCUAUCGGGGUUCUAGUCCCAUUAAGCUCCGGAAGAUUGGGGAAGAGCUGGAGACAUGCGCCCAAGCUCAAAGAAUUGGCGGCGAACUAUGCUGAGGACAUGUCUAAUACGCAACCUUUAACGGAGUACUGGGACAACUAUGAAAUCCGUGAAACUGAUGCCUCCGCCAUGCCACCCGAUUCCCCCAUGGAGUCUCCUCUCAGUCUCCGGCUGCGGGCCCAUGGCGAUCUAAGAGAUGCCGUUCAUCGAACUCGCGCUUUUAGUGAUGCGAUUGUAUUGGAAACGCCCAGGCCGGCCCUGACGCCCUUCCACCCAGCUUCCUCGCUCCCUAAUUUCUUAGAUUCCUUCGGUCCUCUUCUAUUUCCUCUGUACAGAGCAGCAUUGCUGCGCAAAAGGAUCCUUUUCAUGGCUGAAGCGCCAGUUCAUGAGCCCUGUAGCUACGGUAUGAUCACUAUCCAAUCUCUUUCUACCAAUACUUACAGUCAGCUAGUGUACGAUCUUUCUUUAUUGGCCUCCUUACCUAAUUCGCUCCUUCCAUUGCUACCGCAGAACGGUUUACCCUCUCCGCGACCUCGCCCAUUGUUCAAUGUCGGCAUCCAUGAUAUCCCUCAUCUCUCGUCUUUUGUGGGCACUUUGGUUAAUGCAGAACAUGACGCAGCCUGGAUUGCAUGCAGCACAGACAGUGUUUUGACCAUGAAGCCUGAACUCUUCGAUGUCCUCGUCACCUUGCCUCCUGCUCACUCCAAAAACGCCGCGGAGAAGGUAUUCCCGACAAUUUCCAUCUUUCAUACGCAACCGCCAAAGGGCAAGACGCCCCAAUCCAUCGAAGUCAAAGCAACCCAGCGUGACGCGCGACGUUAUGCUACCCUUCGCAAGGGUCUUCGGCACGUUACCCAAGAAGACGAAGCAGCAGCCACUGAGGCGGACGACGACUCAGACGCAGCCUCGACAUACUCCUCCAGCCCCAUUGUUGAACCCCUCUCAUGGACACGCCUAGCCUACACCUCCUUCAUAUGGUGGGCAUCAGCCGGUGAGAAGCGGGACGGUCUCUCCGAGGAAGAAGAAGAAGAGCACCAAAUGGAACAGGACACACGCCUGCUAGCCAGUGUAGAAACCCUUCCCAGUCCACCCUCUGGUUCUCUCGGCCGUCGGAGUAUUCAACCGCAGGAAUCAACCCAACCGCCUGAAAUCGCCCUAGUCGCGUACUUCCGUCGCCUCACAGCUCAGAUCUUCAUCACUUUAUCCGAUGUAGUUGCCCGGCACGAUAGCCGCAAUUCCCUUGAGGACGAUGAUGAAGAUGACGAAGAAAUUCCCGAAGAGGACACCAUGCCUUACGAAGAUGAUCCAGAAGACGACGAGGGCCCCGGACCUUCCCUCGCCAUUGGCCGACAACCCACCCAAGAAGACGAUUCCAGGUCUCCAUUGCUACAGCAGCAACAGACAGCGACCGGGACCGGGCGCGACGCCAGAACCUCCUACGAUGAUAGCGACCCAGUGAAGAUCACUUCUGAAGACCUGACUGAGAUGGGCUUGGAUAUCUGGAGCACUGCUGACCGUGUGUUUGUCGAGGAAUUGGUUCAGCUAUGGUGGGGUCGGAAGGCACGUGUGGAUAGUGCGAGGAUCAGAUGUUGCGGCAUCUCCAUCAUAUAA